UACGAACAGCUUUACUAGCCAUUAUUGGAUUCAUGCCCACCAAAGGCGAAGGAGCAAUAGGAUCUCUAGAUUACACACCAGAAGAAAGAAGAGCUCUUGCAAAGAAGUCACAAGACUUCUGUUGUGAAAUGUGUGGCACAUCCAUGAAGACAGCCCUCUUACCACUAACCUCCGGGAGCGUGUCGAGCCAGGCGGACAAGGAGGCGAAGGAACUUGCCAGACAAAUCAGCUUCAAGGCAGAAGUCAAUUCAUCCAGGAAAUCUGACGCUGGACCCUCGAACACAUCAGGAUUGAACCACUCUGCUGCUUCCCAGGAGCCCCAGCAGGAUGGUGCAGCUAGAGCAUCCCAGGAUUCAGCCAGUGCAGUGUCUGAACCUCAGAACAGCAGUGCAGUGGCUGGGCAAGAGAGGACUCCAGCUGUGUCCAGCAGCAGCUCCCUGAGCCCUCGGCAGCGCCGUGCGCAGCAGCAGAGUCAGAGACGAGCUCCAUCCUCCGCCGACUUCAACCGUGCCCAGCAGCCAAGGGUCAACACCAACCACACUGGCUCCACUGUCCUCAUUGUGCUCCUGACCUUUGCCUUGGCAGCUCUUAUAUUUCGUAGGAUAUGUUUGGCUAACGAGUAUAUAUUCGACUUAUAA